AGAAAAAGAAAUGAAAGUAGCCAUACGACAGCGUUGCGUUCGCCCCCAACCCAACGUGCGAAGAGAAGAAACCUUUAGAAUCGCGUUGGAGGAGGAUCUGUCAUCCCUCGCAUAGCAUUAGCAUUAGUUUUGCAGAAUUCAUAAAAUUGAACAUCCAUUCCCGCGUUUCUGCAACGCCACUCUCCAUUUCUCGUUUUUUUAUCUCACCGACAACUUUUCUCUCUUUUCGAUGAUUCAAUUGUAUUGUAGGUGAAGCUUCGUAAUAAUUCAGCUAUGAGCUCCACCACUUCGAAAGCCACGUCCACGAUUUGAUUCCUGGAUCCAUCGCAUCAUUGAGCUUUCGCGAUGGCGUGGUUUAGUGGGAAAAAAUCGUGGGGGAACUUCCCCGAUUUGGCGGGAGCCGUUAAUAAGCUUCAGGAGAGUGUGAAGAAUAUUGAGAAGAAUUUUGAUUCCGCUCUUGGCUUCGAAGAGAAGGCUGAGUCCAGCAAUGAAGAUGCUGGGUCAUGGCCUAUAUCUACCGACACGAAAGCCAUAUUUAAUCCUGUCAUGGCCUUUAUGGGGAACAAAAGCGAGGAAUCUGCAGAAGAAAUGUCUGAAAAAGAUGAAUCCUCUCAACGAGAUUCUGAAACUGAGAAGUUACCAGAAGUGCCAGAGUCUCUGGAUCAUACACCAGUGGACGAAGGAAACAAGGCCCUUGAAACUGAUAAUGAAGUCCAUGUGGGAGAUGAAGAAAUCACUGCCCAAGAAGAAAAUAAAAUGCUUAAGAAAGAAGAAGAUGGUGAGCAUACAGAGUCAGCAGCGGAUGAAACAAUUGAACAGAAUUUGGAUCAUGGAAAGGAGGAACACCACUCACUGGAGAUGCCUGUUGAAUUGACUGAAUCCUCUGUUGAGAAAAUUGAGAGUUCAGAUGCCAUAGAUCAUUCUCAAGAGAAAGAGAUUACCAAUGAGGGAGGCUUUGAGAGUCCAGUGUCAAUGCAACUCACUCCUCUUAGUCCUGCAGACAAUGUAGAUGAGGCUGUUACUAGUGAGUCUGGUGAAUCACAUGGUAUUAGUGAUGGGAAUGAAAAUUCUCAAGCCGAGACACAAGAGGAGAGUAAAGAAGAGAGGGUACAAGCAGAUGAAAGUGUAAAGAGAGUAUCUUCUGCUCAACAUGAGGACAUCGAGUGAAGGUGAGAAAAGAGAUGAUUA